AUGGAUGAGAAAUCUACUACUUCUACUUUUAAUUCUAAUAGCUAUUUAAUCAACGAGGAGCAAAGACAAAUGAAGCGAGUUGCUUUCUUUGCUAUUGUUGUAUCAACAGUUGCUGUUAUUGCUUCAGUCGUUACAUUACCUAUGAUAUAUAGCUAUGUUGCUUCAUUCCAAUCACAUCUUAUUAUGGAAUCUGACUUCUGUAAAACACGUUCCCGUGAUAUGUGGUCUGAAAUGUCUGUUCUUUUCAAAAAUACACCAUCAACAGUUCGUGCUAAACGUCAAUAUGGAUCUCCAAACCCACCAGUAGUUUCUAAUGGAUAUGGUCCAGUUGCCAAUCCAGAACCAGCACCAACAUGUUGUACAUGUCAACAAGGACCACCAGGACCACCAGGACCUCCAGGAGAUGAUGGUCCAGAUGGUACUGAUGGUAACCCUGGUAUUGAUGGAACUAAUGGACGUGAUGGAGCUGUUUUAGGAUCAGCUAUCAAUGCUGAACCAUGUAUUAUUUGCCCACCAGGACCACCAGGUCAACAAGGACAACCAGGAUUGAAAGGACCAAGAGGACCAAAAGGUGCUGAUGGUAAAAAUGGACAAGAUGGUAAAAAAGGAGAACGUGGAUUACCAGGACCACCAGGAAGUCAAGGACCAAUGGGACCAGUUGGACAAAAGGGAGCACCAGGACAACCAGGUAGACUCAUCCAAGUUAACGGACCAGCAGGACCAGCUGGAGCUCCAGGACCACAAGGACCACCAGGUGUACAAGGAAUUCAAGGACCACCAGGAACUAGCCAACAAGGACCUCAAGGACCACAAGGUGAUGCUGGUGCACCAGGACCACAAGGAAGACCAGGAGCACCAGGAUUACCAGGUGCCCGUGGACCAACUGGAGAACAAGGAACUUGUGAACAUUGUCCAACUCCAAGAACCCCACCAGGUUAUUAA